GUGAGGGCGCUGCGAAGGCUGAAGGGACGGCUCGGCGACUCACGCCCUGUUUACCGGUCUCUCCCGGAGCCUGGGUAUCUGAGCCGUCCCCGGCGAGCGCCCGAGGGCGGCAAAGCCCCGAGAGCUUGGCUAUCUGGCAUAUUUUCUUCAGUAAGAGGUGGCUCUUGAAGCCUCUGGGAACGAGAGUGGUCUGUGGUUGCAAGGCAUGAUGGCUGCAAAAAUAAUUACUAUGCCCCUGAAGUCAAAGCAGUCCUUUAUACUGAGAGUUCCUCCAGACUCCAAGCUGAGCCAGGACCUACUUCGAGAUGCCGCUAGCGGGCCCAAGACCAUCCACCAGCUGGUGCUGGAGCACUUCCUCACCUUCUUGCCCAAGCCAGGCCUGGUCCAGCCUAAUCAGAAGGUCAAGGAGACUUUGGUUAUUAUGAAGGACGUGAGCUACAGUCUUCAGAACAGAGUGCAACCUCGUCCCUUAGUGAAGCUUCUGCCUGGAGAAGCAGUCCAGCAGAAACAGGAGACAGCCUCCCUGGGUUUGAAAGGUGAUUCUGAGGAGCUGGUGGUCUUUGAGGAUUUGAAUGUAUUUCACUCCCAAGAAGAAUGUGUGAGCCUGGAUUCUGCUCAGCAUCCCUCAUCAGAGAAGGAAGAUGACAAUAAUGUCGGGGAAAUGAUGUUACUGGUCAAUGACAGUAAUCCUGAGGGUGAAGAUCUUCAAAAAGAACCUGUUGAGAAUGAAGAUUGUAGAGAAAAAUCUUCAGAUUGUGAUGAGAUGGAUUGUUCUUUGGUCUCUAAGCAGCUUCCAGAUUGCUAUGAAGAAGAAAGAUUAAAUACAUCCAUUCCACAGGAAAGGAAAAUGAGAAAUCUUUUAGUUACCAUUGAAAAUGAUACUCCGCUAGAGGAACUGUCAAAAUAUGUGGACAUCAAUGUUGUUGCACUAACUCGAAAUAGGAGAACAAGGAGAUGGUACACUUGUCCGCUGUGUGGGAAACAGUUUAAUGAAAGUUCUUACCUUAUUUCGCAUCAGAGGACUCAUACUGGAGAAAAACCCUAUGACUGUAGUCACUGUGGGAAAAGCUUUAAUCACAAAACAAACCUCAAUAAACAUGAGCGGAUCCAUACAGGAGAGAAACCUUAUUCCUGUUCUCAAUGUGGUAAAAACUUCCGUCAAAAUUCUCAUCGGAGUCGCCAUGAAGGACUCCAUAUAAGGGAGAAGAUAUUUAAAUGUCCAGAAUGUGGGAAAACCUUCCCAAAGAAUGAAGAAUUGGUGUUUCAUCUGGAGAGUCAUGAGGCUAAGAGGCCAUAUAGUUGCAAAAAAUGUGGGAGAAGGUUUGGCCGGCUGUCAAACUGUACCCGACAUGAGAAAACUCACUUACCAUAUAAGACCCGAAAGCAGAAGUGAUAUCAGGAAAGGUCUGAUGGUCCUGCCUCAACCUGAGAAGUUUCAUAAGGAAUUCUGAACUCCUGGGCUGCCUGAAAAGAUACAGAUAUGUGGAAACCUCAUUGUAGCCAAAAUUGGAUAAAUACCCAUCUUGGCUGAAACCUCAAAUUGUUAGAAAAUUCACAGGGAAGGAAACAUCCUCAAGGGCUAUACCUCAGUUAGUUUACUGGCUUUUUGGACUAAGGAGCUUUCUUUUGUGAAGUUGCACAACAAUUUACAGAUCACAGAUCCAUUUCCAGAGAAAGACUUUUGAGUGUGAAUAUGGAGGCUGCUUCCUUGCAAGGUGAACAGAAUGACUCAUAUCUAUUGAAAGUAUAUCCAUUUAUUCCCCCACAUGGGAAUUCACACUUGAGAAAAGAGAAAUAGCACAAAGGUCCUUAUCUGAAGCUGUGUUCCCAUGAAAGAACCAGACUACUGAUUUGUUAAGCCAACAGCUUUUAAUAGCAAUGCAUAUAAUCCUCUAAGAACUCCCUGUUAAGGCUUGAGUGUUGAAUUGUUUACUUUGGAAUAUAGGAAAACUACAGCAAUUGAAUGUCAAAAACUUACUCUCAUUUGUAUGUGAUCUGAACUAGUGAUCAAUUUCAAUAACAUCUGCAAUUUGUGGUGAAAAUUGACUGUUCUACAGAAAUCCUUUUCAUAACAAUUUAAAA